CUUCAAUUCAAAAUUCAAAAAUUCUACAACUAUUAACUAUUUUGAGUGAUUUUGAGUUUUUGGUAGGUAUCGUGUAGGUAUCUUUUGGCUCUUAAUAUUUAUUUACAAAAAGGAAAACAUACCAGUUAACACAAAACAAACUAGUGAAGUAGACGCACUACGGUUAAAAGGUAUUUUCUCGUACAAGUUCUCAUCAUAACUUAACAUCUUAAAAACAUCGAUGUCUUAAAAAGGUCGAUGUCUUAAAAAGCCAAAAAUGAUGCUACAUAGAUACCUCCUACAGGUAUCUAAACAAUGUUUAACAAGGCAGUACACUCUACACUCAAACUUAAAGCAGUCAUACUGUGAGUUGAGACAUAGAUACAGCACUAAGACCAAAGAAAGAAAGUUCACGGAGGGACAUGAGUGGGUGGUUGUAGAAAAUGAUAUAGGCACAGUUGGAAUAAGUAAUUAUGCACAAGAAUCUCUGGGGGAUGUGGUUUUUGCACAGCUUCCUGACCCAGGUACAGAACUCAAAGAAGGUGACGAGUGUGGAGCCUUAGAAAGUGUGAAAGCAGCAAGUGAAAUAUAUUCACCAGUCAGCGGCACGGUCACAGAGAAAAACACUGAUGUAGAGAAGAAACCGGCUUUAAUUAACACAUCUUGUUACGAUAAAGGAUGGUUGUUCAAACUUAAGAUCUCUCAACCUGAGGAACUUAAAGAACUUAUGACCGAGGUAGACUAUGAAAAGUUUUUGAAAACAGAUGCUGCGAAGGAUCAUUGAUGUUUUUGUUGUUGAAUAGAUGUUUGUUAUGUUCAUAUUGUUUAGUUAUGUAUAAUAUAUAAGCUAUUGACGUGA